AUGACUAUAUCUACCUGGCAAGAGAAAGCCGCCGCUAAGCGAGCUGAAGCGGCCGCGAAGAUCCCCGUCGAAUGGCGAUUGCCGGCUGAGUUUUUGACGCAAGACGAUGAGGGCGAUGCCAACGUUUUAGAUAUACCUGCAAAAUGUGGUGUUCUCACCCCGUCGCAAAUUUUGAUCACCGAAAUUCAAGAUGCAACAACUCUACGAGACAAACUUGCCGCACAAGAGCUGAGUGCUCUCGAGGUUGCGACUGCAUUUUGCAAGCGCGCCGCUAUUGCUCAACAGCUUACCUCUUGCCUUACAGAAACAAUGUUUCCCCAAGCCCUUGCUCGUGCGAAAGAACUCGAUGAGCAUAUCAAAGCAACUGGGAAGCCAUCUGGGCCCCUACAUGGGGUACCCAUUAGUAUUAAGGAAUCAUUGAACUUCAAAGGAGUUCAUUCCAGCUUGGGGAUAGUUUCGUUUUUGGACGACCCGCCUGCCAGCCAGAACUCGCCUUUGGUCGAUGUACUUCUCGCAGCAGGGGCUAUACUAUAUGUCAAGACCAAUAUCCCACAGACUAUGAUGACGGCAGAUUCGCACAACAAUGUGUUUGGCCGCGUACUUAACCCCUACCGCGCAAGCCUAACCGCAGGAGGGAGCAGUGGCGGUGAAGGCGCGCUCGUCGCCAUGCGAGGGUCCCUCUUGGGGAUUGGAACCGAUAUCGCGGGAUCUAUUCGGAUUCCUGCACUCUGCUGUGGCACCGUCGGAUUUAAGCCCAGCGUGGGUCGUGUACCCCCGACCGGGAAAAGUGCUGGUCGGCCUGGAAUGACUGGCAUCGCGGCCGUUGCGGGUCCUUUGUGCCACUCAGUCAGAGACGCUGAGAUGCUCCUGCGAGUUGUAUUUGACGCUUCUAUGGAAGAUAUGGAUGACUCCGCACUUGCGUAUCCUUGGAUUGAACCCGCGAAAGGGACAGGAGAUUCUUUGACGAUUGGAAUUCUGCCCGAAGACCCACAACAGCCCUUGCAUCCCAGCAUGCAACGCACCUUGGCGACUGCUAUCGAAAAGUUGAAAGCUGCAGGACAUCAAGUUGUCGAUCUUUCUGGGCAAGUCCCCUUUAUCGCUGAGGCUUCAGAUUUGGCUUUCAAUUUCUUCAGGGUUGACCCCGACCAGACUGUGUUGAAGCGUCUCAGCGCUAGUGGUGAACCUGCCAUCCCAUCUCUUCGUUUCACCUACGAUUUGGAAGGAAAGGGGACUGAAACGACAUUGCGUGAUUUCUUCGACUUCAAUGCGAAAAAAGCUAAAAUAUCAAGCCAAAUUCGAGGUGUAUACCUUGAUAACAAACUUGACUUGAUAAUUGCACCUGGCUUCCAGACCACGGCUGUCCCUCACGACACAUAUGGAGUACCAAUGUAUACAGUUCUUGCCAACUUGGUAGAUUAUCCUGCCUGUGUUAUACCGUUUGGCAAGGCUGACGCUGCUGCCGAUGCGAAAUUCAUUCGUGAUGCCAAUUAUUAUCCACCUUAUAAUCCCGAGCGAAUCGAAGGAGCUCCAUGCCAUGUCCAGCUUAUUGGACGUCGGCAGAAAGACGAAGCUCUAGUCAGACAUGCCCGGAUUGUCGAAAUUGUUUUGUUGAAUUAG